CUUUGUUUUGAUACAGCUUUUGGAACCACCCACCAAACGUGGUGGUGUAAUGUUUAUAUUAGCAGAUAUAAUGGCAAAUCAGUACAUAUGUUUUUUAAAAUUCUGUGCAGCCUUAUACUUUGCAAAUUGUGCACGGUUAAAUGUGAAAAUGUUUAGUAAAAUUUUAAAUUGGUAGUUUGUUCAAACUACAUAAAUUCAUAAAUGUCAGUGUCAGCAAUGUGUCAGUGAUAAUCAUAUUUGUGUAAAAUAUAGCAAAUUAAUGUUUAAUGACGUAUUGAGUCUUGUGGAUAUUACUUACAUGAAGAUAAUCAUGUGUGAAAGCUAGCUUGAAGUAACCCAAAACUUGUUUGAUUAAAAUUUCCUUACGUUUUAUGAUAUCAGGCUGUCAUCUUCAGUUACCUACACAGGACUGAAACAUUGUGUUUUAAGAGAUGUGUAACAAAUCAUUUGGAAAAAACAAUACUUUAAAAGAGAACAUGCAUUCUCAUACAGAAGAGAAGCCUCACAUCUGUGAGGUAUGCAAUCAAUCAUUCAGCCAAAAGAGAAAUUUAAAUAAGCAUAUGCUUAUUCACACAGGAGAGAAACCGCAUGUGUGUGAAGUAUGCAACAAGUCAUUUAGACAAAAGGUUAAUUUAAACCAGCAUAUGCUUAUUCACACAGGAGAAAAACCGCAUGUGUGUGAAAUAUGCAACAAAUCAUUUAGAGUAAAAAGUAAUGUAAUCAAGCAUAUGCUUUUACACACAGUAGUGAAACCACAUGUUUGUGAAGUGUGCAACAUGUCAUUCAGACUAAAGGGGAUUUUGAGCAAGCAUAUGCUUGUUCACACAGGAGAAAAACCUUAUGCAUGUGAGGUAUGUAAUAAGUCAUUUAGACAAAAUGGCAACUUAAGCAAGCAUAUGCUUAUACACACAGGAGAGAAGUCUCAUCUCUGUCAGCUGUGUAAGAAAUCAUUUAGAGAAAAGGAUAAAUUAAACAAGCAUAUGCUUAUUCACUCGGGGGAGAAACCGUAUGUGUGUGAAUUAUGUAAUAAGUCAUUUAAUCAAAAGAGCAAUUUAAGCAAGCAUAAACUUAUUCACGUAGGAGAAAAGCCUUAUGUGUGUGAUGUAUGUACCAAGUCAUUUAUUCAUAAUGGUAGUUUUAAAGAGCAUAUGCUUAUUCAUACAGGAGAGAAAAGUCAUAUGUGUGAGGUAUGUAACAAAUCAUUUAGACACAAGAGUAAUUUAAACAGGCACAUGCAUAUUCAUACAGGAGAGAAGCCCUAUGUGUGUGAAAUAUGUAACAAGUCAUUUAGACAAAAGGGUCAUUUAAACAAACAUAUGUGUAUGCACACAGGAGAAGAACCAUAUGCAUGAUGUGUGUAAAAAGUCAUUCAUUCAGUAGGAUGAUUGAAAUGGCGAUAUGUGAGAAAUCUUGUGAGUUACUUAAGUAAAAAUCAUUUGGAUCGACGAAUUUGAAGAGACAUGUUUAUAUACUUGAAGAAAUCUUCUGUAGUGUCAGCAGAGGCGUAGCUAAGGUUUUAAGCGCCUGGGGACAACUAAAGAUUUUGUGCCCCUUUCUGUGUUCCAAGAAUGGAAAACAUUUCAUUCUAAAACUUGUAGCAUCAAUUUGGCGCCCCUUAGAUGCUGCGUCCAGGGACAGAUGUCACCCCUUGUCCCACCCUAGCUACGCCACUGAGUGUCAGAAAAAGUUAGAUUAGCUUUACAUACUAAUACAGAAAGGAUUUGUACUUGCAGUACAAAAAUCUCAUUAUGUGACUUCAAGUGUUUAAAUUGCACUAGCAGGCAAAAUUUAGGGGCAGUAAAAUUAUUAGAAUUUAGAGAGAUGCUCAGUGACAAAAUUAAUGAUAUGCAGAGAUUGCUUCAGAUGCCAUAUAGUCUGCCGGCGAUGCAACAUGAGUUAUUUUAUGGGAUUACUUAUUUUAAGCAAUGGUCUGUUAUCGUAGUUAUAUUAGAAAUGCUUGUAUGGAAGAGACGUUUAAAGCAGUGUAUGUGAAGGCUGACUAAAAAUAUUUGCAUUGAAUAUUCAGAAUUAGAUAUUUUUAAAGGUUUUGCAUUUCCUCUCCCCCUUCUCCUAAAUUUGCAUCCUUUAAACUUUUAUAACAUUUUCUAAAUAGUGCAGAUAUAUGAAAUAUACUGUUUUGUGACAUCCUGUUUAACACUGCAGGUUGAAAUGUUUUACCUUCUUUCUUAAAGUGAAACUCCCUCAUAAUUGUGCCAUAAAUGUUAAGAAUGCCCAGAAAUGAAAUAUAUUUAAUUAAGAUUGCAUGUAUAACAUUCUGAGUUUACAAAAUCAGUUUCAGACUGUGUUGCUGAUGCCACAACCACAAAUAUGCAGCUUGUAUUAUCUGCAAGCAAAGCUUAAUUUUCUUAACAGAUAAGGUCUUGUCUUUCUUUUGGGCAAACGGUUUUCAAGACACUUUUAGCAAAAUGUUUUCAUCUGUUGCCUACCAAAAUGUGUUAUGUGGAUCAUAGCAUGUUACCACUUAAAAACACUUAACACUGAAAUUAUGAAGCAAGCCUUAAAUUUAAUCGUCAUAUGCAUACUGUGAUUAAUGAUUGAAGUGUGUUCCUCAUACCUAUUGUAAACUCAUUGACUAGAAACUUUUACUUACUGUGACUAAAUACUGAAGACCAUGGUUAUCCAACUCCAGGAUCCAAGAUAUCAAUGUAUAAUGUUCAUGAAACCUAGUGCAAAAUUACCACAUAUGAUAUUGGGGUAGUUUACAAUUGGGUGGCCCUUGUUUAUUGGAGAUUCUUUUUUGACACCAAGAUCGCCGCCAGGAAGGCACAGUUUCAAGAUGGCCGCUACACAAAACCAAAAUAAGAAGUCAAAGAAUUGCACAAGAUCUGUGUCCAUGUACACAUCGAUCUGUUUUUACUUAAAAAAACAUCUUAGAACCUAGUGCAAAAUUACCAUAUAUGAUAUUGGGGUAAAAGUUUACAAUUGAGUGCCCCUUGUUUAUUGGAGAUUCUUUUUUGACGCCAAGAUCGCCGCCAGGAAGGCACAGUUUUCAAGAUGGCCGCUACACAAAACCAAAAUAAGAAGUCAAAG